AUGUCUUCCGUCAACGAGCUCCUCAAGGGCAUUGUGGCGUCGCUAGAGCAGACGGAAAGCGCCGUCAAGGACGUGGAUGGCAAAUACGUCGUUCACGAAAAAGAGUACCUCCCCACGAUGAUCCAGGACCUCGUGGAAAAGUCGUCCUCAUCGCUCGAGGGCAUGUCGCUUCUUUCGUUGAAAAACGAAGCUCUCCUUUCAUAUGUCAACUCGUUGGUGCUUGUGCUUUUGAGCCACUUGGAAAGACUAAGGCUGCUGGCCAAGGAGGAGAAGGUCGAGGCUGCUAAACGCAAAGCAGUGGAAAGCUCGGUCCAACAGAGAGUGUGCUUGGAAAAAGGUAUCAAGCCGUUAGAGAAGAAGUUGACGUACCAGCUUGACAAGAUGGUCAGGUCAUUCCACAAGAUGGAGGAGGACAACGCCAGGAUGGAGCAGAAAGUCGCCGAGGCGGCUGAAAACGGAGAGGAGGAGAAGGGCUCUGAAAGUGAGGCAGACGACGACUCUGAAGAAGAUUCAGAGGAUGACGACGACGCUCUUCUGUAUAGACCAGACGCUUCGGCGCUCAAGAACAUGGCCAAGGCGUCCUUGGCUAAGAACAAGGGAGAAGGUGACGGAAAAUACAGACCUCCUAAGAUCUCUGCCGCUGCUAUGCCCACGAAAGACUUUGACGACCGUGCUAUUUCCGCCAAAUCAAAGAGAAAGUUGCAAAGUAUGGAGGAGUACCUCCGGGAGUCGUCCGACUUGCCCCAGGCCGAGGCCUCUAUUGGUUCUGCCAUUUUGGGCCAUGGUAGAGGUGGCGUGAAAACAAGCAGAGACAGCCAGAAAGAAAAAGAAAUCCAGCGAUACGAGGAGGCCAAUUUCACCAGAUUGCCUUCGACAGCAACGAAAAAGACACACAGACAGAAAAUGGCCGAAAGAGCCAACACUUUUGCCGGUGAAGACUGGUCCAUGUUCAACAACAACAGAUCGCUCAAGGAGGGAACUUCAAGAAAAAGAAAGGGCGGCUCUGCCUGGGACAGAGCCAAGAAGCUGCGCCGCUAG